AUGAACAAGCAGAUCGUCGCCAUCGCCUUCUUCCUCCUCGGCCUCUCGCUCGCCUUCGCCCAGACCGUCACCACGGCCAACAACGCCAAUGCGCUGGCCGGAGACGAGAGCGUGAGCGUGCCCUCGCCGACGCCCAUCCUCGUGGGCAACACCAACGGCGCCAUCGUGGACGAGUUCUACCUCGACACCUCCGCCGCCUCGAGCCUCGCUCCCCUCUUCCUCUUCUCCGCCCUCUUCUAA